AAGCGGGACAGACCUUGUGGGCGCAGGAAUACGCUGAAGCUGCACGUCGCCAGCAGGUGCACGUAGGGGAAUCAUCACAGCUGAGACGACGGCUCGGGAUAUGGUGCUUUGCAUAUCGAAGGACAGCAGGGUUUUCCACUAUCACCCUUAUUUUUUACUGCCUUUUCUGCACUAAUGUCACGAGUUCAUGUCAGCUGAUGCACUUUCUGCAGAGUGAUUGUAGUCUAUCCACAUUGAAGCCUUUCACUCAAUUAACAAAAUGUCUGGUACCUACACACCAGCUCCUGGGGGACCAUUUUCUGCUCUCACCCCAAGCAUGUGGCCACAGGACAUUUUGGCUAAGUACCAUCAAAAAGACCCAAUAGAGCAGGAGGAACUGCAGUAUGAUGAGUUUGGCUUCAAAGUAAACACCGAGGAUGGUGGAGAGCCCAAGUCCUGGCUGGGAUCUGAGGGCUCACCUCAGCGCGAAGACCCCCAGCAGCGACUGCGCUGGCAAGCCCACCUGGAGUUCACCCACAACCACACAGUGGGGGAUCUAACCUGGGACCUCAUUGAGCCCAUCCUUCGACGCUCGGAGCGGCUGCGUUCCCUGGUGCUCGGUGGCAUACCACACAGCAUGAGGCCACAGCUGUGGAUGCGUUUGUCUGGAGCGCUGCAGAAGAAGAGGACUUCCGAGAUCUCCUAUAAAGAAAUUGUCAAGAACAGCUCUAAUGAUGACACCACAACAUCUAAACAGAUAGAGAAGGACCUUUUGCGGACGAUGCCAUCCAAUGCAUGUUUCAGUAGUAUGACCAGUGUUGGAGUGCCGAGGCUGAGACGGGUUCUGAGGGGCCUUGCGUGGCUAUACCCAGAUAUUGGAUACUGCCAAGGCACUGGCAUGGUUAUUUCCUGCCUGUUGCUUUUUCUGGAAGAGGAGGAUUCACUGUGGAUGAUGUGUGCCCUGAUUGAAGACCUGCUUCCUCCAUCCUACUUCUCCUCAACUCUGCUGGGAGUCCAAACGGACCAGAGAGUUCUCCGGCAGCUGAUCGUUCAGUACCUACCAGCCCUUGACCGCCUUCUCCAGGAGCAUGACAUUGAGUUGUCGCUGAUCACACUGCACUGGUUCCUGACAUCCUUUGCUAGUGUGGUGGACAUCCGUCUGCUCCUUAGGAUCUGGGAUCUGCUCUUUUACCAGGGUUCACUGGUGCUCUUCCAAAUCACGCUGGGCAUGCUCAAAAUCAAGGAGGAAGAGCUUGUAUCAUCAGAGAACUCUGCAUCCAUUUUUAAUACUCUGUCAGACUUGCCAAGUCAACUAAGAGAUGGACCUACUGUGCUUGGGGAAGCAAUGAGGCUAGCGGGGACAUUAACUCAAGAAACCCUGGAAGCUCAACGUCACAAACAUCUUGCCUAUAUCCUUAAUGAACAGGCCCAGCUCAACAAUGGCAACAACACACCCGUCAGUCUCAACAAGGUGGUGAGGAGACAGUCCUUGCGUAGAAAAUCAACUCUGACCUCUCUGCUGUUUGGAGAGGAUGAGGCAGAAGCCCUGAAAUCCAAGAACAUUAAGCAAACGGAGUUGGUGGCCGCCCUGCGAGAGGCCAUAGCCCGCACUGCAGAGCACUUCCACUGUCUGGACCCUCGUCACUCCAGCACUGACCUGACUCCAGACUACUCAAUGGAGAGCCACCAGCGAGAUCAUGAAAACUUUCUUGUAGUAUCACGUAAUAGACGGAGAAGGGCAAAAGCUUUAUUGGACUUCGAGCGUCACGAUGAUGAUGAAUUGGGCUUCAGAAAGAAUGACAUCAUCACUAUCAUCUCACAAAAGGAUGAACACUGUUGGGUUGGAGAGCUCAAUGGCCUUAGAGGUUGGUUUCCAGCCAAGUUUGUGGAGAUGCUAGAUGAAAGAAGCAAGGAGUAUUCCCUUGCAGGGGACGACUCUGUGACGGAGGCGGUGACGGACCUGGUCAGGGGAACGCUGUGUCCAGCCCUCAAAGCCAUCUUUCAGCAUGGACUUAAGAAAGCAUCUCUACUGGGAGGGCCCUGUCACCCAUGGUUAUUCAUAGAGGAGGCCGCCAGUAGGGAGGUGGAGAGGGACUUCAAUUCUGUCUACUCAAGACUUGUGCUGUGUAAAACCUACAGGUUAGAUGAAGAUGGAAAAGUACUAACACCAGAGGAGCUUCUAUACAGAGCAGUGCAGUCGGUGAACAUGAGCCACGACUCAGCACACGCUCAGAUGGAUGUCAAGUUUAGGUCUGUUGUCUGCGUUGGCCUGAAUGAGCAGGUGCUGCAUUUAUGGUUGGAGGUGUUGUGCUCUAGCAUGGCUGCUGUAGAAAAGUGGUAUCAUCCAUGGUCAUUCCUGCGGAGUCCUGGAUGGGUGCAGAUCAAGUGUGAGCUCAGGGUCCUCUCAAAGUUUGCCUUCAGUCUCUCCCAGGACUGUGAGCUGCCCGACAAGAAAGAGGAGAAGGAGCAGAAACCGCUGAAGGAGGGAGUGCAGGACAUGUUGGUGAAACAUCACCUGUUCAGUUGGGACAUUGAUGGCUGAACAUGCAGCCGAAGUGGCUCCGUGUUACCCUGUGCUGUGUAUCUGUAUUUUUAAUGUCUCUUCAGCUGGUAAUUACAAAUGCAAAUUAAAAUAGAUGCCUGUUUUCGGCUAAAGGAGCUGUUGUUUCAAACCCCCUUUCCGACGCCAGCCGUGGACUCCAGAAACACUCAAAUAAUGACCGUCAAUCUUGUCAUAAAGUGCAGCUGGUUUGUACAGGAUGUAUUCAAGCAUGGAAAUAGUUUGGUGCGUACUUUAUUUUUAUUCAUUCCCAGUAUAUCGUUUCACUACAAGGUUAAAAGAACAACAUCCUGCAAUCUCUACUUGUCUCGGCACUAAGUUCUUCUUCAGUACUCUGUUUUGUCCUUUUCAGUGUGUUUGUGCAUGAGUUUGACAUGUUUAGUUUCUCUUGCACAUUUAUAGGUCAUCAUUCCGACAAACACAAGAUGUUUUAAUAUCCUAAGUUGCCAAAUUUAAGACCAAAAUGAAGCUAAGUGUAUGCUGGGUUUGACCACAUAUUUGCUGUAUAAGGAAUCAAACUAUUUUUAGGGGAAAGAUUUUCUCAAUGUCCUGAAAUCCAAGAAAUGUCUCUUGUCGAAGUGUACUGUAAAGUUGUACAUGCCGAGUAAAAAGCCUUUUCAGGUGGCGAUUCAGAAAGUAUGUGCCACCUGAACGGUGCCAGAGAAAAUGCACUUGUAUAAUAUGUAUACUGAGUAGAUACUGUAUGUUACAUAAAAAUAUAUAAUCUAUACUUUUUGCAUUUUUUUUUCUUUAUUUAUCCUAAAUGUGUUUGUACUUUUGAUGCAAUGUGUAUGUUCAGUGAGUCAUUUAUCCCUAGAUUUUUGUUUUCCCAUUCAAAGAAACUGCAACCAACUUAAGUCUUGAUUUCCAUGAUUGUAGCUGUAAUGCAGGUAAUCAAUUAUUUACUUUGUCAUAUAUAAUAAUAGGAAUAUACAUCAUGUAUACUACAAUAUAUAUCUCAUAUAC